UCAUGCCAUAAUAUAAUUAAUAUUAUACAUAAUAAUAUAAUAUAUAAUAUCAUGAUAUAAUUUAUAUUUUUCAUUUUAAAUAGUGUAACUCAAAACUUAUUAUAUGUGCAUAUGGUACUUGUAAUUAACAAUACUAUAAUUAAUAUAAACAUAUUAUAUUAACAUGUACUAUUUUAAUAGUAAUUUAAUGUUUUGGAAAACAUAUACAAUUACUAAUAGGUAUUAUGAAGCUUGUACCCUAUGGUUAACUGAUGUUCGAAUCCUUGAAUCUACCUUAUUCAUACCUUCAUUGGAUUCAAUGUAUGAACCCAAUGAUUUAACGCACAUUAUUAAUGGGUCUCAUGAGUGGUUAUCAGACCUAAUCAAUCAUAAAUUAAUUGAAGAAAAUAAACUUGAAUGUGUACAAAAUUGGUAUGAUUUAUUUGGUAAAAAUAUUCUAAAUAGCAGUCAAUCUAAUAGAAGAAUACCUCUAAAGAAGGAUCCUAUAACUAGAAUUAUUAACAGGUUGAAAUCUUAUGAUGAUCCUAUAAAAAGUCCAGAUUUUGUAUUACGACUGUCAGAUAUCCAAACAAUAUCUACUAAUAUGUUGUAUCAUAAAGAUCAUUUGCAAAAUAUUGUACAAUUAAAUAUUAAACAAAUUGUACAAUUUAUUAAUAGAGUUUACCGAAUGCAAACAGUUUGUCAUGAAAAUUUAGACAAUCGUUACAUUGAUGGUGUAAAAAUGGUUUAUGUCCAAGUAGAUUCUACUACCAGAGUUCAAGCAGUUUGUGAUUACAAAACAAAAAAAGGCAGUACAAGUAGUUGUGCUGGAGCUGCUGAAAUUACUUUUCAAAUUCGAGAAGCUAAGUUGAAUUCAGAUGUAGUUGAAAUUAAUUCUAAUAACAGAUCAGAAUUGGACACAUUAAUUAUUGAUAUUUUGGAAAAUUUGUUGCCACGUUCAUUAACAACGGCAUGUACUACAAUGAAUCUAAUUAUUCAGUUAAUAUUCAAUGAAUUCAAUGCAUUAAUAAAAAUUGGAGAUAUUGCACUAGUUGCUGAUAUUCAAUCAUCAGGUGUUUAGUUGUUUUAUACACUUAUGUCUGAAUAUGCAAUUCUAAAGACGUGUCCAUUCAUUGAAAAAUUUGUGUUAAAUAUGCUUCAAUCUAUUGGAAAUGUUUUUAUACUGAAUAAUGAAAAUGAAUGUUUACGUGUACAAAAUACAGCAUUGAACUACCCUGAACUAGCUGAUAUACUGAUUCCUUUAUUUUCACCAUCUAGUGCAUCUACAAAUACAUUUAUGCAAGCUUACAAAAUUAUUGUUGACCAUUGUAUAAUGCUCAAUAUGAGCCUAUUGCAUUAAGUUUACUCUCUAAAUUCAGUGUAUCUGUUUGUUUAUCAACCAAACAGCCUUUACUGCAAGAAAGGUCGAUAUUAAUGGAUUACUGCAUAGGAGCUUUAAUAUUAGUUAAACAACAAACACGAUCAGAUUAUACAUGGUCUUUACAUGAAAUUUUUAGUCAUCAUCUAUGUGAAAUAAUGAAUCAUGACUUUCCUGAACAUUAUGGUGAAAUAUUACUAAAACUUUUAGAUCAUUCUAAAGAAGGUCGCAUUUAUUGUCAAGUAUGGUUCAAUAUUCUCAAUACAAUUUUGGCUCAAGCUGUACCUACAACACAAACUAAUGCUGUGAGAACAAUUUUGUUGCCAGGAAUGUCAACAGAUCAACUAAGAGAUGUAGUUAGGCGUUAUGCAACUGAUCAACGAUCUCUAAGCUCACAAGAGCUUCAAGAAACUUAACAUCUUUUGACUACACAUUUUGCUAAUGAAAGACUGAAAUCUGCUACUGGAGAGCUAUAUUCAAAAUAUAAUUACAAAUAACACCUAUUAACUACUAUACCGAUUGAGCAAAAUGAUAAUCAAUCAUUAGAAUAAAAAAAUUAAAAAUAAAUCUAAAAAAUUUAAUUUA